AUGCAAAUCAUCUCAGAGGUGGAUCGCCAGUCUGGCCACCACACACAUCACCAUCAUCACCACUCGACUUCCCAUCCGACGUCGACGCCGGCGCACCCGACUAGUCUGGAAAUAGGGACCGCUAGUGGUACGGCCAGUGCCGGCGCCGGCAGUGCUCUUUUACUGGCGGAAAAGAAUGAGGACAUGACCACAAUAGAUGUGGUAGACGAUGCGGAACUAACACCAACGAAAAGUAUGUCCACAAUGUCCAGUCCGAGUGACCCAAACCGAAGAGAGUCCUUUUCAGAGAUAGGUGUUUGCAUUUCUCUCUCUCUCUCUCUCUCUCUCUCUCUCUAUCUAUCUAUCUAUCUAUCUAUCUCUCUCUCUCUCUUACUCUCUCUUAGUCUAUUGCAUAAAUCUAUCUAUCUAUCUAUCUAUCUAUCUAUCUAUCUAUCUAUCUAUCUAUUAAAAUUGUGUCUGUCUAUCUAUCAACAUUCUGUCUAUCUAUCUAUCUCACUAUCAGCAUUUUGUUUAUCGAUCAACAUUCUGUCUGUCUGUCUGUCUAUCUAUCUAUCUAUCUAUCUAUCUAUCUAG